AUGACUAUCAGCAUUGCCGAGGAGUAUGCCCAGCUCAUGAAGCACAAUGGCAAAGGUAGCCAUUUCCUAUACACCCCUCAACCAUUCAGUGAGCUCCACCCCGGUGCGGUCGGCUUUUUCGAUGAAAGCGGACAAUGGCAUCUGAUUACCGACCUUUCAAUUCCCGGCCAUCCUGAGGAGAAAGGCUUCACGGCUCCUAAAAAGGUUGUUACCUACGGGAAACCCACAGAGGACAUCUGGAAGACCACAAGUUCGAGCAAAGAAGCCGAGGCUAGCUUUGGACUCACAGGAGGUCUUUCGGGGGCUCUUUCCUCUGCCCCGAUUGAUGUAUCUGCCGAAGCGAAGAACAAAUGGGGCAAUACUGGCAAAGCUGCUCUCAUCACAGACGAUUCUGUUGUCGUCAACGAGUGGUUAAACACUCCAUGCAGAGACAUUAUCACAGAAUGGGUAGAGAAAAACGCGAAAACACUCGCCAGCGGGGAGUGGCGUAGCUAUAUCAAAGACUAUGGACUAUGGGCUAUCAAAAAAACAUGGGCGACUCAAGAAUGUGCCAUUACUAUGACGAGUGCCCAUAACCGAGAUACCAGCGGAGGAUUUGAUGUUGGAGCCACUGGUAUUGCAAAGGUCGGGACCAAUGGCUCGUCAACUUCCAAGAGCAACAAUGAGGGAUGGAGAAAAUACAAAGCUACAAAGGAGGAAAUAGCACGUGUAGUCGCUUACGGUGGAGCCGCUUUCAGGCUUCACAAACUUCCAUCGUUCCACCGCAGCAUAUUCAAACAAACUGAAAGAACGACUGAAACCCAGACGGCUGUCGCAGUAUAUUCGAAGCCCGUUUUUGACGAGAACGGAAAUGAGAUUGGAACGGAGUACUUCAGGCCCGUAUUUGAUGAGAACAAGCAGGUGAUCGGAGAGGAGAAGGUUGACAUGGAAGCUGAGAGGAAAGCAAGAGAAGAGAAGGAGAAGCGACUGCAGGAAGAGCUGCAGAAGCAGCUGGAAGAGCAGAGGCUAAAGGAGGAAGAGGAAGAGGAAAAUGCAUUCUACUUCCAAGCUGGUGAAGUCGUUGGGGAAGACGACGAGGAGGCUGAAGCAGAGGAAGAGGCAGUCCGUGCGCUAGCAGAGGAGCGCAAGGUAUUCAAGGAGCAAGUCAUGGCUAUCAGACAAAACCCCAAUCUUACCGAGGAGCAGAAGAGGAAGGGACUGAACGCGCUGUUAGCUGCGAAUACCACUGAGACCACGGAGACCGUGCCCCUCGCGACGACUGAGACCCCGGACGGGAAGCCGGUGGAGAUUGUGACCACUACUAUCACUCUGAAGGAUUAA